AUGGCAACCGAUACAAAUUCCCCCCCUGGUCCAAUACCACCACCUUUGCCUACGGCACCAGUUUUCAUAGAACCAUCAGUUUGCCAACUUUGCAAAAAAUCUAUGGAAGAAGGACAAGAAUAUUUGAUUUUAAACCAAUGCAGUCAUGCUUUUCACAGUUUGUGUAUUGAAACCCAUUUAUCAACAUCUUCCGAAUGUCCUACAUGCCAUCGUAACUGUCUACUGUCAGAAUUGAGAAAACUGGUAAUCCAACCAAAGGGUUCGUUACCAAGACCGUCUGGUACCAAACCGAGAGGUGCAAUGGCACGCCAUUACCAAACUAGAAGUGUCAGUAGAAAUUUAGGACAGGACAACAAUGACUCUAAUCCGAAUGCAUAUUGUACUGAUCAACCAGUUAGAACUCCAGAAGCCAAUAAUGUAAAUGUUGCAAUUGAAAAUUCGGCUCAACAAAGUAGUAAUUCAGCGAAUGUUAGCAAUAAUG